AUGAAAGUAAUAAAACCAAUAUAUGAUACAAUAUACAAGGAAACAAAAAGGAGUAAAGCAGGAAAAGCAAAGCAUUCUCAUUGGAGAAACUAUGAUGAUUUAAAUGAAUUUUUUUGGUCAGUUGAUUGUUUCCGCCUAGGUUGGCCUAUGCGUAUUAAUUCCGAGUUCUUCUCUGUGCCUUUGCCUCAAGCGCAGCGUGGAAAUAACAAAGAAGAGGAAAGCAAAUCUUAUAGUGACGAAAGGUGGAUGGGUAAAGUUAAUUUUGUUGAGAUCCGCUCAUUUUGGCAUGUAUUUAGAAGUUUUGACAGAAUGUGGAGCUUUUAUAUACUAUCUUUACAGGCAAUGGUAAUCAUUGCUUGGAACGACUCUGGCAAUUUGAGCAACAUAUUUGAUGGUGAAGUUUUCAAGAAAGUUCUCAGCAUCUUCAUAACUGCUGCAAUAUUGAAGCUUGCACAAGCUCUUCUUGACAUAGUCCUGAGUUGGAAAGCAAGGAAUGUCAUGUCGCUUCAUGUCAAGCUGCGAUAUAUAUUUAAAGCUAUUUCAGCUGCAGCUUGGGUUGUAAUCUUACCAGUCACUUACGCUUUUAGUUGGAAAAAUCCAACUGGUUUUGGACAAACCAUAAAGAAUUGGUUUGGCAAUGGUUCAGGGUCUCCUUCUAUGUUCAUUUUGGCUGUCUUCAUCUAUUUAUCUCCAAAUAUUCUCUCUGCAUUGUUAUUUUUGUUUCCGUUCAUUCGCCGGUAUCUUGAGAGGUCGAACUAUGGCGCCGUGAAGCUCAUGAUGUGGUGGUCCCAGCCUCGGCUCUUUGUUGGAAGAGGAAUGCAAGAGGGUCCAAUUUCAUUGUUCAAGUACUCUACUUUCUGGGUUCUCCUAAUUCUAUCUAAAUUAGCAUUCAGUUAUUACCUUGAGAUUAAGCCUCUUGUGAGCCCAACAAAAGCCAUCAUGCGGGCCCGUGUGUCAGUUUAUAGCUGGCACGAGUUCUUUCCACAUGCCAAAAACAAUAUUGGUGUAGUUAUUGCUAUAUGGGCUCCCAUCAUGCUUGUCUACUUUAUGGAUACACAGAUUUGGUAUGCUAUUUAUGCUACAAUUGUUGGAGGCAUAUACGGUGCAUUUCGUCGUUUGGGAGAGAUUCGGACAUUGGAGUUACUAAGAUCUCGCUUUGAUUCAAUUCCGGGUGCAUUUAAUGCUCGCUUGAUUCCCUUGGAUCAGACUGAGAAGAAAAAGAAAAAGGGACUAAAGGCCACCUUUUCUCGUAAAUUUGAUCAGGUCUCUACUGAUAAAGAGAAGGAAGCUGCAAGAUUUGCCCAACUAUGGAACAAGAUAAUUACUAGCUUGAGGGAAGAGGACCUAAUUGAUAACAGGGAAAUGGACCUCAUGCUUGUACCCUAUUGGGCUGACCGUUCUCUGAACCUCAUUCAGUGGCCUCCUUUCUUACUUGCUAGCAAGAUCCCAAUAGCAGUGUCUAUGGCCAAAGACAGUUAUGGGAAAGGCCAGGAGCUGGAAAAAAGAUUGUCAAGGGACAAGUACAUGAAAUCUGCUGUUCAAGAAUGCUAUACUUCUUUUAGAAAUAUCAUUAACUUCUUGGUUCUAGGAGAGCGCGAGAAAAUAGUUAUGCAGAAUAUUUUUCAAAGAGUUGAUGAGCUUAUAGAAAGAGGAGACCUGCUGAAGGAUCUAGAUCUGGGUGCUCUCCCUGAUCUAUAUGAUCGUUUUGUUAAACUGAUAGAGUGUUUGUUGGAAAACAAAAAAGAGCUCAAGGAUCAAAUUGUGAUUCUCUUGCUUGACAUGCUAGAAAUCGUGACUAGAGACAUAAUGGACGGAGAUGUUGAGGGUUUGCAAGAUUCAAGCCACGGCGGGGCUUUGGGUAAGGAUGAAAGGAUGACGCCCCUUGAUCAACAAUAUCAAUUUCUUGGUACACUUCAGUUUCCUGUCACAACAGACACUGAAGCUUGGUCAGAGAAAAUAAAAAGGCUUCAUUUACUGCUCACUGUCAAGGAGUCUGCUAUGGAUGUACCAUCCAACUUGGAUGCUAAGAGGCGUAUAUCUUUCUUCAGUAAUUCAUUGUUUAUGAAUAUGCCAUCUGCUCCCAAAGUUCGGAAUAUGCUGUCCUUCUCUGUCUUGACUCCAUACUUCGAUGAACCGGUUCUUUUCUCCCUAGAACAUCUGGAAGAGCCAAAUGAAGAUGGAGUCUCUAUCCUCUUUUACUUGCAAAAGAUAUUUCCAGAUGAAUGGAAAAAUUUCCUUCAACGUUUUGAUUGUAAGAGUGAUGAGAAACUCAGAGGAGAGUUAGAAGAAGAACUCCGUCUAUGGGCAUCAUACAGAGGCCAGACAUUGACCAAAACCGUUCGAGGAAUGAUGUAUUUCCGACAAGCAUUGGAACUACAGGCUUUUCUUGAUAUGGCAAAGGAUGAAGAGUUAAUGAAAGGUUAUAAGGCUGCAGAGCUAGAGAGUAAGGAAAAUCCAACAAGUGAGCGGUCGCUAUGGACACAAUGUCAAUCAUUAGCCGACAUGAAGUUCACAUAUGUAGUUUCAUGUCAACAAUAUAGUAGUCACAAGCGAUCUGGUGAUCCCAGGGCUAAAGAAAUUUUAAAGCUCAUGACUAAGUAUCCAUCUCUUCGAGUUGCUUAUAUUGAUGAGGUUGAAGAGCCUAGCAAAGAUUCUUCCCGAAAAAUAGACAAGGUUUAUUAUUCAGCACUAGCCAAAGCUGCUUUACCAACCAAAUCAAUUGAUUCAUCGGAAGCAGUUCAAAAUUUGGACCAGGUAAUUUACAGAAUAAAGCUUCCUGGACCUGCAAUAUUGGGUGAGGGGAAGCCAGAAAAUCAAAAUCAUGCCAUCAUUUUCACACGAGGGGAAGGCUUGCAAACAAUUGAUAUGAAUCAGGACAACUAUAUGGAAGAAGCUUUCAAAAUGAGGAAUUUGCUGCAAGAAUUUCUUAAGAAACACGGUGGUCCCAGAUAUCCAACUAUACUUGGACUCAGAGAGCAUAUUUUUACUGGCAGUGUUUCAUCGCUUGCAUGGUUUAUGUCCAAUCAGGAAACCAGUUUUGUGACAAUUGGGCAAAGAUUGCUGGCUAAUCCUCUGAAAGUGAGGUUCCAUUACGGCCACCCAGAUGUAUUUGAUAGACUUUUCCACCUGACAAGAGGCGGUGUAAGCAAGGCUUCUAAAGUCAUCAACUUGAGUGAGGAUAUAUUUGCAGGUUUCAAUUCUACAUUACGUGAAGGAAAUGUCACCCAUCAUGAGUACAUACAAGUUGGUAAAGGAAGGGACGUGGGUCUUAACCAGAUAUCGAUGUUUGAGGCAAAGAUAGCUAAUGGGAAUGGUGAACAGACAAUGAGUAGGGACAUAUACAGGCUUGGACACCGAUUUGAUUUCUUCCGAAUGUUAUCUGUUUAUUUCACCACCAUUGGUUUCUAUUUCAGUACCCUGCUUACAGUCCUCACUGUUUAUGUAUUCCUUUAUGGCCGCCUCUAUCUUUCCCUUAGUGGACUCGAAGAAGGACUGAACAAAAUAAAAGCUAUUCGAGACAACAAAGCUCUUCAAAUACAAUUGGCUCCUGUAUUUUUCACAUUUUCUCUUGGAACAAAAACACACUAUUAUGGCAGGACGUUGCUUCAUGGAGGUGCACAGUACAGAGGCACUGGUCGUGGUUUCGUGGUGUUCCAUGCCAAGUUUGCUGACAAUUAUAGGCUCUAUUCUAGGAGUCAUUUUGUUAAAGGAAUUGAAUUAGUGAUUCUUCUUGUGGUCUACCAUAUAUUUGGCCAUGCAUACCGAGGAGUUGUUGCAUAUAUUUUAAUUACCAUAACCAUAUGGUUCAUGGCUGGAACAUGGCUUUUUGCUCCUUUCCUCUUCAAUCCAUCGGGAUUUGAGUGGCAGAAGAUACUUGAUGAUUGGACAGAUUGGCAUAAAUGGAUAAGUAAUCGUGGUGGUAUUGGUGUACCUCCUGAAAAAAGUUGGGAAUCCUGGUGGGAAAAGGAGUUCGAGCAUCUUGAGCAUUCUGGAAUGCGUGGUAUUGCUACUGAGAUAAUACUGGCCCUCCGGUUUUUCAUAUAUCAAUAUGGACUUGUAUAUCACCUUUCAAUCACUGAUUCACAUAAAAGUGUUCUGGUAUAUGCUAUUUCAUGGAUGAUAAUCUUUCUAAUACUGGGUUUAAUGAAGGGUAUAUCUGUUGGCAGGCGCCGCCUCAGUGCAGAUUUUCAGCUUGUAUUUAGAUUGAUCGAGGGUUCUAUUUUCAUAACAUUUCUUGCCAUCCUCAUAAUAUUAAUAGCAGUGGUUAAGAUGACAAUUAAAGACCUAAUAAUCUGCAUUCUAGCUGUCAUGCCAACAGGAUGGGGAAUGCUGUUGAUUGCACAAGCUUGUAAACCACUCAUUGCAAAAUCUGGACUUUGGGGCUCGGUUCGAGCACUUGCACGAGGAUAUGAAGUUAUAAUGGGCUUGCUUCUCUUCACACCAGUAGCUUUCUUGGCUUGGUUCCCAUUUGUUUCAGAGUUUCAAACAAGAAUGCUUUUCAACCAAGCCUUCAGUAGAGGUUUACAGAUUUCGCGUAUUCUUGGUGGACAAAAAAGGGAUCGCGCCAACAGCAAAGAGUGA